AUGUUUAAACGUGGAGUUGAUCAUUUUGUCCGAUUUUUUACUGUUGAAGAACAAGAACAACUUUAUGAUUAUGUCCGGUUGUGUCACCUGGAUACGGGGCAUCCAGGUCGAGAUAAAUUAUUCAAUCAUAUGAAGAACUUGGCAUAUGGAAUUAGCAUAGAACAUGUGAAUCAUGUUCUAAGUGCAUGUACAACUUGCAUAGCUCGUCGUACGCUCGCAACCAGGAGACAAAUUACUCCAAUAAUUGCCAAGUUUUCACGAGAAAGGCUGAUUAUCGAUCUUGUGGACCUAAGAUAUUACAGCGAUCAAAAUAGUGGCGAAAAAUGGUUGCUGGUGAUAAUGGACUCGUUUACGAAAUACUGUUGGACUUCAGCACUGAAAUCAAAGAACUCGGCUGAUGUGAUACCGAGGAUACGAAGUGUUGUUCUUUCUUUGGGGGAAGUAUUCAUAAUACAUACCGACAAUGGACUUGAAUUCUGCAACUCGCGGAUGACGCAGUUGUGCGAAGAAUUUGGAAUUCGCCAUGUCAGGGGGAGGGCCCGAUGUCCCUGGAUACAGGGUCAAGUGGAACGACUUAAUCAGACACUCAAAUGGAUGCUCAGUUCGACGUUAUUAACCAACGGGAAUGGAUUUCGUUGGAUUGAUAUCCUCGAAAAUAUAACAUACGCAUAUAAUACAAGGAUACACUCUACAACGCGCUUUUCUCCUGUUCAUUUGAUGUAUGGCCCACGGAUUAGAGAACAAAUGGCUCGAGGUCAUACUCAGGCACUCAUUGAAUAUAUUGAUUCCAUCAAUCAAUGA